AUGGCGGAGAAGCCUACGAAUGAGACUAUCCUCCAGCUGCUCAAACAUGGAGCUGCUCACUUCGAGCUCGUUCCCUCACCAGUCCCCUCGAUUUCAGCUACCCCGCUUCAAAUGCGUUCCGUCCCCUUCUUCGCCAACAAUAGCCAUCGGUUCUUCGCUCGAAUUGGACCAGCACUAGAUAGGGGACCCCCUGAGACGAAGAAGAAGUUGGAGCAAUAUUCAGUUCAGAAAGUCACCGGAGAUGGCCGCUGUCUAUUCCGUGCGUUGGUAAAAGGAAUGGCUUUGAACAAGGGUAUUCCGCUUAAGCCACGGGAAGAGAGAGAUGAUGCAGAUGACUUGAGAAUGGCUGUUAAGGAGAUUAUUUGCCAAAGUGGUAAUGAACGCCAGCAGUAUGAAGAAGCAUUGAUUGCAAUAACAGUUGAUGAACCAUUGAAGCGUUAUUGUCAAAGAAUAGGACGUCCCGACUUCUGGGGUGGGGAGUCGGAGCUUCUGGUACUCUCAAAAUUGUGUAGACAACCAGUCAUAGUUUACAUUCCAGAGCACGAGCAUGUGAGAGGUGGAUGGGGCUCGGGAUUUAUCCCAAUAGCUGAAUAUGGAGGCGAGUUCAGCAAGGGCUCCUUCAUGGGCAAGCCGAAGAAAGCUGUGAGGCUUCUUUACAGUGGCAACAAUCAUUAUGAUCUACUCGUCUAG